CCCCGCCAUGGCGUGCGGAGCGACUCUGAAAAGGACUCUGGAUUUCGACCCGCUGCUGAGCCCCGCGUCCCCGAAGCGGAGGCGCUGUGCGCCAUUGUCGGCGCCCACCUCCGCCGCCGCCUCCCCGGCGGCCGCGGCCGCGGCCACCGCCGCCUGCUUCUCGGCCGCGGCCGCCUCGCCGCAGAAGUACCUCCGGAUGGAGCCGUCCCCCUUCGGCGAGGUCUCCUCCCGCCUCACCACAGAACAAAUUCUGUACAACAUAAAACAAGAGUAUAAACGUAUGCAGAAGAGAAGACAUUUAGAAACUAGUUUCCAGCAGACAGAUCCAGGUUGUAGUUCUGAUGCACAGCCAAAUGUAUUUCUCCUCAAUGGACCAGCUUCACCAGGGACUUCAUCUGCAGCAUCUUCACCAUUAAAAAAAGAACAGCCCUUAUUUACUCUACGGCAGGUUGGUAUGAUCUGUGAACGUUUGUUGAAAGAACGUGAAGAGAAAGUUCGAGAAGAGUAUGAAGAAAUACUGAACACAAAACUUGCAGAACAAUAUGAUGCAUUUGUGAAGUUUACGCACGAUCAGAUAAUGCGACGAUACGGGGAACAGCCUGCUAGUUAUGUGUCAUGAAUCACGCCACUGCAAUUGUGGGCUGCCUUGUUCCUUGUUGGUUGUUGCAGGAGGUCCUGAUUAUGACAUGCAGCAAUGGCAAUACACCCCUGUGAAUACAGGUUUCUUCAAGCUUUCGUCAGUGGCAACCACUCUUAGGCAGCAGCAACUGGUUUUGGAAAUUUCCCUGAUGUCAGUACCACCUGGAUGUGGACCUUUGCUACCUGUAUUAAUACCAGUGGCCUCAUUUUGCUGUAUCAUUACAAUUGGCUUCUUAUAGUAAUGUGUUUGAAAAGGAUUAAAGCUGGUAUUCUAGAACAUGCCCUUCACUGGUUGUGUAAAUAAAACUGUAGAAUGGCACUUGAGAUGAAGUUAGUGUGAUUUUAAUUGUGCACUACAACCAAGCUGUAACCAGUUAUUAAUAAUUUAGAAUGUAAUCUGAAGACAAUAUAUUAAGCAAAUAGCCUACAGUGCUUCCUAUGAAAUUGUGAAGGAGGGCAUUUCUGUAUUCCAGGACUUUCUGGGGUUUCAAAAUGGGUUUAUAUGAUUUUUUUUGGUAGUUUUAUUUAUUCUAUCAGUCUUUUAAACAAAUGUUUAUUGCUGCAUCUCCUCCCCUUAUCCCCAAGUGUAUCAUUGUUUUACUGCCCUUGUAGUACUGGAAUUUAGUUGGAAGAAUAAAACAUUUACUUCUGU